AUGGCUCCCCACGCGAAUAGAGCCAAGGUUGAUGAUGCCAAAGCCAACUCAAUGGCUGGUACUGAAGGGUCGAACGCUCUCCACGCUCUCCUUACACUUUACCCCAGCAUCUGCUUCCUGCGCUGCCAGUGGCAGGAUUAUUCGGGUGUUGUGCGAGCCCGCAUUGUCCCCAUGGAGCAAGCACAAGCCAUCGCAGCUGAAAAGAGGAGACUACAUGUUCCGGCUUGUGCGUUCCAUCUGACCGUGAGCCACGAGAACAUCCCCGAGAUGGACCCAAGAGGAUAUCACUGGUUGAUCCCAGACUGGGACUCCCUGUAUCCCGCAUCUCAGCAACUGGGGGUGGACCCUAGUUACGCCAGCGUAAUGUGUGGUGUCGUUGAGCAUCUUCCCAUCAGACCGGAAUUGAACUGGAACUACUGCCCCCGCAAGGCUUUGAAGACCGUCGUUGAGAAGGCCGAGAAGCUACUCCACGUGCAUUUCCUCGUCGACUUUGAGGUGGAGUUCCAAGUUAUGAAAGCUGCAGCCGACGGCAAAAUAGGCCCUCAUAGUUCCGGACUAGGCCGUUGCGCUAUUUCCGGCCUCCGUGACCCUUGUGUGGCCCAUAUUCAGGAAGUUGUACACAUUUUGAUCAAGGCUGGGGUUGGCGUUGGUGCCUUUCAGACAGAAGGGGACCGUGGACAGUACGAGAUUGCUCUCGAACCUCAGUCUCCCCUUCGAGCUAUCGAUGAGCUUAUCUUUGUCCACGAUACUCUGAAGUCUGUUUUUGCUCGUCAUGGCUUAAUAGCAACAAUGGCACCCCGGCCAGUGGCGUCGCACAAACAAGUCGCGGGACAACACACCCAUAUCUCGCUCAACCCCCCAAACAAGGAGACUUCAUUUUUGGCCGGUAUCCUCCGCAGACUCCCUGGACUCUGUGCAUUCUUUCUGCCGUAUGACCUAUCAUAUGAGCGUGUCCAGCCAUACCUCGCCGGCCAUAUUGUUGCAUGGGGAUCUGAGAACCGAGCAGUACCUGUCCGCCAGAUAAAGUCUGGUCACUGGGAGCUGCGAUGCGUUGAUGCUACAGCCAACAUGUAUGUCGCUUUAGCUGCAGUCAUUAGUGCCGGUACAAUAGGGUGCAUCAACGAGGAGCCGUUGGUAUGGCCGGAUACUGGACUUAUCACCGAACAUUUUCCAACAAGCGGAGUCGAACCCUUUCCCAAGAGCGUAGCCGGGUCAUUAGAGCAACUAGAAAAGUGUUGCGACAGCCUCCAGGAGUUCAUGGAAAGUCGGAUUCUUCGGCACUAUAUUGCAGUCAAAAGAUAUGAAGCACCCAGACUACAAACCUUGCCCGAAGAAACCGUCCGGCAAUUGCUAUGCGAGAUCUUUUAG